CAUGACAAACUUCUGGCAUCACGGGGCUGGAUUUUUCUGCUGAUGAGCUGUGGCCGGCGACGCACUGGGCCCCAUGAGCUGGUAUGUUGGCUAUGAUGGGCGGCAGGUGUGGGUCGAAGCACGUGAGAAAGUAUUCACCUGUGACAAGCCGGAGGCUGAACUUCCGAAAAGGAUUUUGACCUACCUGGCGUCCAACCUCCAAAAGACCGUUUUUGCGGAGCAUGCCGUCGAUGAGGAUGAUGGCAAGAAGGGCAAGAAAAAGGACCGCCAAGCCGGGAAACAAAGGGGCUUCAUUGUGCGAGUGGACCAAGACGAACGAGUCAAUGUGUCGCCUACUUUGCAGGCAGCUGUGGACAAACUCCUCAGUACCGGAGUGGUCUCACGUGUUGAUUUGGACGAGUCCGAGGGCAAGAAGAGGAACAAGAAGGGCAGAGAAGUGGAUGAGGUGGAACAGCCAGAGCAGAGUGGCAUGCCCUUGGGUGUCAAUGAGUGUCGAGUUGAGAUUAUCUCCCGGUGCCAGCAUCAGGCACAUGGCGUUGGCUUCACCAUAGCCGCAGCCGAAGGGGGUGGAUUGCAGAGGAUACACUGUUUCACCGCCAACAAAGAGUUGUCGGUGGAUGAAUGGCAUGGUGCCUUGAUCAAGGCACUGGGAGCCAAUGGUUCUCGAGUCCUGAUGGGUCGGAUGUCACCAGCCAUUGCUCCAGAUCCGCCUGAGAGCAAGGACAGCAGCAAGGCCAAGGAAGCUGCCAAGGAGGAGGACGAUUGGCUGGAUUCCUUGAUGGGUCGAUGCAUGGUGAGCAGUAAGGAGGGGCCUCCUACGACGGCAGCUCCAGGUUCAUCUGGCUAUGCUGAGGUGACUGAGCAGGACGAGACGAAAGUCCGAGCUCCCGUGCAAGCUCCACCGUGGUUGAGAACGACCAGACCGAAGUGAGACGUGUGAUGCACCAGCGACGUGACUUAACGUGGCUUGGCGAUCGGAGCAGGAGAUGAUGGUCCAGGGAUGAAGCUGCCUGCAGCUCUUCAGCUCGAUGUACAGCGCCAGACAGGAAACUGUGCGUGAACCAUUCUGGGUUGACGUUAGAGACAUUUGUAUUGGAAGAUCCUUCAUGUUUGGAUAGGGAAUCCGAGGAAGAGGAAGCAAGGAAGAGUGUCUUCUUCCUACAGAGGGGAUCCAUGCUAUGUGCACAUCCCGCAAGUUUGGCUCAAUUUCCGUGGAC